CUCCUUGCCCCCCUAGUUCUUUAACACGAAGUCGUUAGGCUCAAGGGGGGUUUGACGUCUGUUCGUCGCUGUGUAUAAUUGUCGUCGUCAUCGCUGUUUAAUCUUGUAUUAAAUUACCACGAGUGAAUAUACAAGAUAGGUGGGCAAGAAGCACGACAAUGGACGCGAAACCGUCAAGUCGUGAUCGUGAACGAAGAGAACACUGAUUCAUCGUCGUCGUCGUCGUCGUCGUCGCCGUCGCAAGGGAAAAUAAUCAUCGACGAAGGAUAAGAGGACGAUGAAGUCAGGCAACGUGAACGAGCAUAGGGGUUCGGUGCUCUUGAAGCCCGAGGAAAACGACCAAGUAUUCCGGUUACUCGGUAAUCGUUGCCAGGAUUAUUUUCAGUGCCUUGCUGCAGGUAUUAUACAGUUGUACUUGACAGAGUCUCCAAGACACAAUGAGUGGAUUAAAAAGAAUACAGGGAUUAUUACUUUGAUUCGUGACACAUCAAAACGCAGCUUUUUUCUGAGGCUGUACUGUAUUCAAAGGAAAGCCAUGUUAUGGGAGCAUGAAGUUUAUAAUUCCAUGGAUUACAAAGCUCCUGUAAAUUACUUUCAUACUUUUGAAGCAGAAGACUGUAUGGCUGGUUUUAAUUUUGCUAGUGAAACUGAUGCUAUUGUUUUAAGGAACAUUUUAAUUGAAAAAUUAAAUGCAAAAGCAAGGCGUAGGAAUGAAAGGCAUUCUAAAAUGGAAAUAGAUAAUCAGAGAGGAUUGACACUUCCUAACAAAAAUCAAAGUAUAAGCACACCUUCUUUAGGUUUUACACCUAAUGCUCCUGACAAUUAUUCUAAUGGAAGUCCUAUGACGAUUAAUGUUAAUAGAAGCAUGUCAAACAUUUCAAUGAGUAAAUCUAAAAAGAAAAAGAGAAAUCAAGAGGCUAAAAAAAAAUUGACGGCUAAUGAUAUUGGCUUGCCAUUUAACUUUAGACAUGUGGAACAUGUUGGAACAGAUAUGAAUGAUUGUAAGAUUGUGGAUCCAGAGUUAAAGGCAUUUUUUGAUAAAGUAGGAAUUAAAGAGAGUCAUUUAGAACACAAAGAGACAAGAGAUUUUAUUUAUGAUUUUAUAAACAAAAACGGAGGAAUGAAUGCUGUUAAAAAAGAAAUAGUACCAUCAUCCUCAUCUCCUAUUGUACAACAUCAAGUGCCAAAAUCUCAGCCAAAAUCAGAACCACCUCCUGUUCCAGUUAGAACAAUACCAGUUAGCACAACUCUGAACAAUAGUCAUCAAAGGAAAGCUCCACCUUUGCCGCCUCAAAAUCAAACGCAGAAUCAUAAUCCUCCGCCGCCACCACCAAAUGUGCCACCCACAGUUCACCGGUCACUUCCAGCAAGGCCAACACCUCCUCCAGCGCCAGCACCAGCGCCAGCGGUAGUAAUGCCACCUCCACCUCCACCACCGCCGAUGCCCCAGGAUCAACCCAAUCCUCCGCCUCCACCUCCACUAUUACCUAACAUAAGUCGUAGUCCAGAAGAUAAUAGUGACAGUAACGGUGCCAAUCAUAGCAAGACUCUUGACCCACACUCGAUGCUGAUGGAGUCAAUCCAGAAAGGCAUUUCCCUCAAGAAAGUAAACAUAGAAGAAACGAAAUCACCACCUCCUAAAGACGCAAGGAGUAACUUAUUGGAGGAGAUUCGCAAAGGAAUAACGUUAAAGCCAGUAGAGAAUGAGCCAAGGCCAAAUAGUGCUACACCGAACCUAACGGAGGGCGGACUAGCGGCGGCACUUACGAGGGCAUUGGCCGAGCGCUCAAGAGCAAUGUACAGUGAGAGUGAGGACUCGAGUGACUUUAGUGAUAACGACGAGGAAUGGGAUGAUUAGUGCUUUUCGCAUGCAAUCCAUACUGGUUAGCCUGCGUCAGACAGUGGACCAUCAUCGAAUAAUUUUUAUUUCUUUGUCUUUUCUUCUAAGAAGCUCCCACUUUUUAAAUUCAUUGAAGUUUUAAUUAUUACAAUUUUAUGUAAUAUAAAAGUGAAAUUUAAAGGAGCGUACUAAUGAUAUACAAGUAGAUUUACUACAAGUCACUAAUGUUUGGAUACGAAAUGAAAUUUCUUGUAGGUAUUAACCAUUCUAUAGAUUUGUGCGAGUCGCGAUGCAUACGGAUUUGACAGAGCAUUUCUCUUUUAACUAGCGUCGAUACCGCAAAAAAUAAAAGAAACGUAACGGUUGUUAUAAAUAAUAAGACUCAUAUUGAUGUCUAAUGAUUUUUUCAAGUUGUCACCAGUUCUGAUAAGUAUUAUUUAUAUCGUUGUUUAAACCGCUAAAAUGGAUCUUUGAAUAUGUAUAUUAAACAUGUUUAUUUAAUUCCAUUGUACACCGAAACGAAUUCUGUUCUGUACAUUUUAUAUUAUAUAUAUUAAAAGAAAUAUGAACACAUAAAUAAUGUUUAACUGAAUACAAUCUGUAAAUCUAUGAGCAAUGAACAAAGGAAUAACGCAAUGUAAUUGUUAGCUAAUGAUGACUAAUGAGAAAGAAAAUUUUUAAGAUUUAGUGCCCAUUACUAAAAGAAAAAAGAGAUCAUCUAUACUUUGUCUAGUAAUUUUAAGAAAGUUAAAGUGAUGCGCUUUGCUAUAUACUUUGCCUGUCAGUGCCUCAAAUUUCUGUUUCCUAAAUUGUGCGUACCUUUACGCAGGAUUCUGCGUAAACGUCGUGUGAUCACGACGACCUACAUUACAAUUCAAUUCAAAAUUGAUAUUGUGUAAUAUCUAUGUAACAUCGUUGCACCUUCAGUAAAGAAUUUCAAAACUAUGGAAAUUGUACGUGGUGGUGAAAUCGAUUGGCCUAAAUGUAAAAUUGACCUACCAGAUGAAAAAAAAUGUAAGCGCACCUAGUUUAUCAUUUACAUUAACGUGUUUUCAAAUGUAAUAUAAUUUAUAGGCAAUGUUCGAGGCGUUUCACUAGUCUUUGAAUUCAUUGGCAAACGCGAUAAUCCAUUAAAUUUUGGACUCGUGGACAUAUAGAAAAAUACUAUAAAUAGUUUAUACAAUGCAUUCAUAUUAUUUGUUAUAUGUAUAAUACAUCAAUUUUAUUAAUUUUAUUAGUUAAUAAAGGCUUUAUGAA